GCAGUUGCAAGGACAGAGCACGUACUCUGGACCUGGAAUGGGACAUGAGGAAUAAAAGGAACUGGGAGCCCUCCUGAUCAGAAUGAAACAGAUGCUGAAAGAUUUGUCAAAUCUACUGCUAAUUAUGCUCUGUGAUUAUGUUCUUGGAGCAGUGGAAUAUCUCAUCUUGGAGCAACCAACUCAUGUAGCUUUAAGCAACGGCACAGUGUCAGUUGGCUUACAGAAUUACUAUGAUGGCAAUGUGACGCUGAAAGAUAUCUCCAUCCUGCUAAUAGAUGGCAGCACCAAUCAAACGGUUACCAAGAAACAGCUUCUGCAAAACCAGUUACAAGAUAUUGUUGUCUUUGAGUGCUUCCAUUUUAAGAGUGCUGGGUACUACUGGUUCAGAAUGGCUUCUGAGAGCCAGUGGAAUGGAGAGAAGAUUCCACUGAGUGCGACAUGGCCUUUAUUUCACUUCAAUUUCAAGAGGAGCUCAGAGGGAGUUGGGUCUUUCCUUCAGCUUGGACUGUUUACUAGUGAAUAUUUAUGUCCAAUGAAUAAGACCAUGAUUUCUCUGGAUGUUAUACUGACCAGCAGCUUAUAUGAACUGGGAAAACUGAUCUCGAAUAAGACUGUGGGACUGAGAACUAGCAAAGAACUUACUCUCACUAGGUCCCAGUGGGUGAGAUUUGAUUGUCACUUGGUUGGCCAAGAAGCCUAUAUUGUUGUAUUACUGAAAUCAGCAGAGACCAAUUCAAUCAUUGCUUCGGAAGGACCUGUAGAUCUCGUGCACAGAUUUGGAUACAAGCUAAUUGUGGCAGAAGAAUUGACGUGUGAGUCUUCAGUUGUGAUUUCUGUCAUUCCUCCUCCAUGUACUUCUCUUCCUGGUGGGAACAUUGCUGUGUUCAAAGAACUUGGGCCUUCUGGACAAAGGGCAUUAAGACUACAUGAAGUUGUUAUAAAUCCAGAGGACAACCAGAUUGAAUUCAACUGCACAUUGUUCGACGAAGGCGUGAACAAAUACUGUUUUGAAUUUAGCCAUUUGCACAGAGAUAAUACCUCAUCAAGAGUGAAAAAAUGUGUGCUAAUCCAAAGGAAUGUUGGAUCCUGGAGACUUUGGCAGGCCUGGAGUCCCUGUAGCGUGACUUGUGGGGAUGGUAUCCGGGAGCGCCACCGGGAGUGCCUCACAUCUUUCCCAUUCCUGCUAAAGCAAGAGUGCGCUGGGAGACAGCAGGAAACAUCUCUGUGCUCCUUGGAGGAAUGCUCCACCACUCAGCCUGUACCCAUUACACCACUGCAUCCUGAAGAAGGCCAGAAACCCAGUAAUAAUCUUGUCACAGUCACCGGCAUAUCCCUGUGCUUAUCCAUCAUCGUUGCUACUGUCCUCAUCACCUUGUGGAGGAAGCUUUGCAGAACCCAGAAGUGCAGCAUCCCCAUGCGCUGUGACUCUGCCCACUCCCCUACCUUCCGGAGGAAUUCUGAUGAGGAAAAUAUCUGUCAAGAGAGGCAGCAACAAGAGAGCUCUUCUGAGAGAGAAGCUCCUCCUUCACUUUCUGGAGAACCUCCAGAUAUGCCUUUAGGUUUCAGGAGAAGCUUUUAUUUUGCAGAAGGAGGAGGGGCUUCUGCCAGUGAGAGCCUUGAGCUCACUGCUCAAAAAAUAAUCCCCCCCAUUUUCAGCUACCGCCUUGCACAACAGCAGCUGAAAGAAAUGAAGAAGCAAGGACUCACAGAAACAACAAAGGUUUAUCAUGUUUCUCAGAACCCUUUGACAGACACUGUGCUCGACACCUCUGUGAGCACAGAAAACCAGGAGGCAGCGGCUACAAACAAGUUUAGAAUCAAAUCUCCUUUUUUGGAGCAGCCACCCUGCCAUCCCAAAGCAUCAGGGAACAGGCCCUCUUCUAGGGUGGAUUUUACAUUGUUGCAGUUCAAUUCCAUUUUGAGCCCUAGCCAGUCCCUAAUUAGAAGAAGUCACCCUAGAUAUCUUGAUAACGAAGGAGAGCCAUCAGAGAGAGGCUAUCCAAGAAAUUCACAGUUCAGAAGAACGGCUAGUUUUCAUGAAACUAAAAAAGCCAAGCCAUUUCGAAAAAGAAGCAUGUCCACCCUUACACCAUGUCAGACCCCGCUGUAUCAUGGCAGAACCAGAACAUGGAAUCGUGUUCCAGAACAGCAGCACCAGCCUAAACCUAAAAACACCAAUGAGAACACUGAAGAGUUUGAGCUGCAUUCUAGUAGUCCUUUAACCGCUGAAUCAAUGACUUGUGAGGCACAGAAUCCCCAGAAAUGGGAACCUCCAGGAAAGAAACUAGAUUUUGUCACCAGAUGCCAGCCAGUGUCCCAGAUGUGCAGUGACAGAUCAGGACAGACAAAUGUAAGGGGGUCCUUUCUGGGCCAUGUGGAUUCUUGGAGGAAUGAACCUGCUAUAGUGGCUUUCAAAGAUAGUCACCAAAGAGGAGAUGCUCUGAGCCCUACCCAGUAUAGAAAGAACAAAUGCCAGAGCUUCCCUUCUGACUCUGAAUACACCUUCUGUGACAACACUUCUUUUGGCCUAGCUGAAUUGGAACAGCCAAUGAUUGACCUGCCUGGGUAUUUUGCCUCAAACGAAGGUGGUGAGAUAAAUGCCGUGAGCAUUGACAAGUUGGUAAUAUGAGUACCUUGUUGCAAUUCUGUAGUGAGACAGAACCUGUUGGCUAAUGUAAGACACAGCCAAAAAGACAGACAAAUGUGUUUUCUAAAAAUUCAACAAGUCAAAUUCCAUCUCCUUAGAGGGGAAGGAGGCUCAACUGUUGUUGUGUUUCACACUUCUGCUCAUGCUCAUCCAACCACUUGGGAACAGCAAAUGGAAAAUGAUGCCCUCGCAUAGAAAUAAGCUCUCACUAAAUUAAUCUGCAGUAAAAAAAAAAAACCUCCCUGACUCAGCCAUAGUUCAAAUUUUGUGGUUAGAAUACCUCCAAACUUCCACAGAAACAAAAUUUAGGACCUGAUCAUACAUGCUACUUGGCCCUGACUCAGCAGGUCACAGGAUUGAGUUCUGAGAAUACCCAAAGUAGUCAGAACCAGCCCCCUCCUUCGUGAUUGUGGCAACCACCAUCGUGUGACUGGGCCUUUUCUUUUGUCCACAAACCUUGUAAGUUGAUUGGGGAGGGUAUAUGCAUGGUAUUGGCAAGGUGACAUCUCUGCAUCAUGGCAUUCUGAGGCCUAUCAGAAGAGACUCGGAUCUGAGGAGGAAGCUGCAUUAUACAGAGUCAGGCCAUAGGUUCCUUUGGCACAGUAUUGCCUGUGUCAGCCAUCUGCUUCAGCUUGGUGCCCUCCAAAUGUUUUGAACUAAGCUUCCAGUAGAACAGAUCAUCUGGAGGGCAUCAAACUGAUAUAAAGGCUAGUCUACCCCAACUGGCAGCAACAGCUUUCCAGGAUUUCAGAUGGGGGUCUUUCCCAGCCCUACUUGGAGAGGGCAGGGACUGAAGCUGGGGACCUUCUGCAUGCAGGACAGGUGUUCAAGCACUGACCUACCGCUCUUCAGCAUUUGGGUAUUAGAAGUUUGAUGUGGGAUUACGGUAGCAGUUGGAACACAGCUGGACUGCUCUGCCCUACAUGCUAAGUAUUGAAUGCUGCUUUAGCUUAAACCACUACAUCAUGGUCACUAUACCUGCCUGAUAGCCUUUUAGAUCUUGCAGGUGUAUAUCAGACUUUCCAUGUCCAGUAACAGAGUGACCUUAUGUUUGAAACAAGAACUACCUGUAAAAAUAUGGUUCUGGGAUAGAGGCAAAUAAAUCCUUUCCAUACCCCGAGAAGUUACUGCUAAAGUUAAUGGUUCACAAUUAGGGCUUUCUUUCUCUCAUGGCAUUGUUACAGAAGUUUCUCCCUUCUCAGUAUCUAUCAAUAUGUGCUGAAACAAAAAAAGUUUUUAACAAUUUAUAAUAUACAAAUUGUAGGCAUUGAUGAAAAUAAAAGAGCUGUGAUAGACAGUGUCUCAAUUUGUGAUAAUGACAUCUUUCCACCUUAAUUUCAUUCAACUUGGAUUUUGAAAAGUGUGUGUGUUAUGUGUCUUCAAGUCAAUUACGACUUACGGCGACCCUAUGAACCAGUGACCUCCAAUAGCAUCUGUGGUGAACCACCCUGUUCAGAUCUUGUAAGUUCAGGUCUGUGGAAUCACUCCAUCUUUUGUUAUGGUCUUCGAGUUUGAAAAGUAGUCUAUCAUUUUCACAUCUCUUGGGAAUUAGUAACGCGUCUGUUCAUUUUUAGCAGAAGCCUGAGGCAACAUCUAGCCACAAGGCUAUACUUAACCAUCAGCGGUCUCAUAAGGCUUUUGUAAGAAUUGUAAAAACAUUUUAAGAAGCAUGUUUUCAUGUAUUCAAUAAAAAGGUUUGUGAAAAGGUAUAGUAUAGCAAGUAUUUUGCUUUAUUAUGCAUCAUUUGAGGGUUACCACUUCUCUCCCCCACCCUUCACCUUGAGAAAUACAUUUUAGCCAAAAGGA